CAAAUCAAAAUCUAACAAUGUCUUCACGUGUGACGGCCUGAAACGCUGUCUCUUAUUUGGGAAGAAGAGAAGUAGAAGUCUGCCUAUAAAAUGAGUGUGCAUGAGGAGAAAGAGGAGGAGGCUUCUGUUCACACUCAGAGAGCAGCAUCUCCAGGAUUCAGUUAUGUGUCCAUGAAGAGUAACAUCUCCAUGCCUCUGCCCCCUGAUCUCAGUGAUGGACCAUCUCCAGGAUUCAGCUGUGUGUCCAUGAAGAGUAACAUCUCCAUGAUUAUUCCCCCUGAACUCAAUGAUGGACCAUAUCCAGGAUCCAGCUGUGUGUCCAUGAAGAGUAACGUCUCCAUGAUUAUUCCCCCUGAACUCAGUGAUGGACCAUCUCCAGGAUCCAGCUGUGUGUCCAUGAAGAGUAACGUCUCCAUGAUUAUUCCCCCUGAACUCAGUGAUGGACCAUCUCCAGGAUCCAGCUGUGUGUCCAUGAAGAGUAACGUCUCCAUGAUUAUUCCCCCUGAACUCAAUGAUGGACCAUAUCCAGGAUCCAGCUGUGUGUCCAUGAAGAGUAACGUCUCCAUGAUUAUUCCCCCUGAACUCAGUGAUGGACCAUCUCCAGGAUCCAGCUGUGUGUCCAUGAAGAGUAACGUCUCCAUGAUUAUUCCCCCUGAACUCAAUGAUGGACCAUCUCCAGGAUCCAGCUGUGUGUCCAUGAAGAGUAACGUCUCCAUGAUUAUUCCCCCUGAACUCAAUGAUGGACCAUAUCCAGGAUCCAGCUGUGUGUCCAUGAAGAGUAACGUCUCCAUGAUUAUUCCCCCUGAACUCAGUGAUGGACCAUAUCCAGGAUCCAGCUGUGUGUCCAUGAAGAGUAACGUCUCCAUGAUUAUUCCCCCUGAACUCAGUGAUGGACCAUCUCCAGGAUUCAGCUGUGUGUCCAUGAAGAGUAACGUCUCCAUGAUUAUUCCCCCUGAACUCAGUGAUGGACCAUCUCCAGGAUUCAGCUGUGUGUCCAUGAAGAGUAACAACUCCAUGAUUAUUCCCCCUGAUCUCAAUGAUGACCAUGCUGGAACCUCUGGCCCUGUUAUCGUCAGCAGGAAGAGAAAGAGAGCAGCAUCUCCUCUACAGCCCCCUGAUCUCAGUGAUGAAGCAGCACCCUUUCACCAUCUUGGUGGAAGAGCUGACCAGAUCAGGGAUUCCCACCAGCCAGUACAUGAUGAUCUUCAGAGGGUCAAAGACCGGCACAAAACCAGCAUGAAGAACAGAUAUGAGAGGGUUUUUGAAGGAAUCAAACUACAAGAGAAUCAGACCCUCCUGAACAGGAUUUACACACAGCUGUACAUCAUAGAGGGAGAGAGUGAAGGAGUGAAUGAAGAACAUGAGGUGCUACAGAUGGAGAAAAGUUACAAGACCCUCCAAGACACUCCGAUCCACUGCAAUGACAUCUUUGAUCCUUCACCUGAACCUGGAUAUGAGGAGAUAAGAAGAGAGAAGAAAGACAAAAUCAAGACUGUUCUUACUAAAGGCAUCGCUGGAAUCGGAAAAACCGUCUCUGUGCAGAAGUUCAUUCUGGACUGGGCCGAGGGAAAAGCCAAUCAGGAUGUAGAUUUCAUGUUUGUGCUUCCAUUUAGAGAGCUGAACUUGAUUAAAGAUCAUCAGUACAGUCUUCACAGACUUCUGCUUGACUUUCAUCCUGAACUUCGAGAUCUGGACUCAGAGAUGUAUGAUGAAUGUACAGUUGUGUUCAUCUUUGAUGGUCUGGAUGAAAGCAGAAUUACACUGAUGUUUUCAGACAGUGAGAACAUUUCAGAUGUGACUGAGACUUCAUCUGUGGGUGUGUUGAUGUCAAACCUCAUGAAAGGAGAUCUGCUUCCCUCUGCUCUCAUCUGGAUCACCACCAGACCAGCAGCAGCCAAUCAGAUCCCCUCAAACUACAUCAACCGUGUGACGGAAAUUCAGGGAUUCAAUGACCCUCAGAAGGAGGAAUAUUUCAGGAAGAGAAUCAGUGAUGAGCAUCAAGCCAGCAGAAUCAUCUCACACAUCAGAAAAGCAAGAAGCCUCCACAUCAUGUGCCACAUACCCGUCUUCUGCUGGAUCUCAUCCAUUGUGCUUCAAAACAUCCUGAAACAAGAUCUCAGUGCAGAAAUCCCUCAAACUCUGACUGAAAUGUACAUACACUUCCUCCUCAUUCAAACUCAUAUGAGGAACCAGAAGUAUGAAGAGAGAGAUCCAGAGAAACCCCUGCAGUCCAACAGAGAAGUGAUUGUGAAACUUGCUGAACUGGCUUUCAAUCAGCUGAUGAAGGGCAAUGUGAUGUUCUAUGAGGAGGACCUGAUUGAGAGCGGCAUAGACGUCACUGACGCCUCAGUGUAUUCUGGGAUUUGCACUGAGAUCUUUAGGGAGGAAUCUGUGAUUUAUCACAGGAAGGUUUACAGCUUUGUACAUCUGAGCUUUCAGGAGUUUUUUGCAGCACUGUAUGUGUUUUCCUGCUAUUUACACAAGAACAGUGAAGUUAUGAACAUGUUUCUCACAGGAAAGUCCAGAACUAAGUGUGAGGAUGUUCCUCUAGAAGAGCUCCUGAAGGAAGCAAUGAAUAAAGCCUUGAAGAGUGAAAAUGGACACCUGGAUCUUUUCCUUCGAUUCCUUCAUGGCAUCUCACUGGAGUCCAACCAGAGACUCUUACAGGAUGUGCUGAUUCACACAGAGAACAACCCAGAGGACAUCGAGAAAAUAAUCCAAAACCUCAAACGAGGUCAAAAAAACAAUGUCAGUCCUGAAAGAUGGAUGAAUCUGUCACACUGCUUGAUUGAGAUGAAGGAUCAUUCUGUUGUUAAAGAAAUGCAGGCAUUUUUAAACUCUAAAACAAAAAGAAAAAAUCUUUCUCUUGCGCAAUGCUCAACAUUGGCAAACAUGAUCCUCAUGUCAGAGGAGGUGAUGGAUGAGUUAGACUUCAUGAAGAACAUCAAAUCAAAAGAGGGUAGGAUGAGACUGCUACCUGCUGUGAGGAACUGCAGAAAAGCUCUAUUGGCAGGCUGUAAUCUCACAGAUCAGCACUGUGAAGCUUUGGCUUCAGCUCUACAAUCAUCAAACUCCCCCCUGAGAGAGCUGGACCUGAGUAACAAUGACCUGCAGGAUUCAGGAGUAAAGCUGCUCUCUACUGGACUAAAGAGUCCAAACUGUCAACUGAACAUACUGAGAAUGGCAAGCUGUAAUCUCACAGAUCAGCACUGUGAAGCUUUUGCUUCAGCUCUACAAUCAUCAAACUCCCCCCUGAGAGAGCUGGACCUGAGUAACAAUGACCUGCAGGAUUUAGGAGUGAAGCUGCUCUCUACUGGACUAAAGAGUCCAAACUGUCAACUGAACAUACUGAGAAUGGCAAGCUGUAAUCUCACAGAUCAGCACUGUGAAGCUUUUGCUUCAGCUCUACAAUCAUCAAACUCCCCCCUGAGAGAGCUGGACCUGAGUAACAAUGACCUGCAGGAUUUAGGAGUGAAGCUGCUCUCUACUGGACUAAAGAGUCCAAACUGUCAACUGAACAUACUGAGGUUAUCUGGCUGUAUGGUGACAGAGGAAGGUUGUGCUGCUCUGGCGUCAGCUCUGAGUUCAAACCCUUCACACCUGAGAGAGCUGGACCUGAGCUACAAUCACUCAGGAGAUUCAGGAGUGAAGCUGCUCUCUGAUGCACUCAAACAUCUGGACAAACUCAAUGUGGAUCACGGAGGAGAGUUCAGGAUUGCAGCAGGACCCCAAAAAUACGCCGUUGAUCUCACACUGGAUCCAAACACAGCACACACUCUUCUCGUUCUGUCUGAGGAGAACAGAAAGGUGACGCGUGUGUCAGAGAGUCAGUCGUAUCCUGAUCAUCCAGACAGAUUUGAGUGUUAUCCUCAGGUUCUGUGUGGAGAGAGUCUGACUGGACGCUGUUACUGGGAGGCUGAAUGCAGUGGAGCUGCUCAUAUAUCAGUGUCAUAUAAAGGAAUCGGGAGGAAAGGAUGGAGUGACUGUGUGUUUGGAGGGAAUAAGAAGUCCUGGAGUCUGAGCCGCUGGUCUGAUCACAGUCUCUCUGUCUGGCACAAUAAUAACCGCACUGCUGUUUCUGCUGAUCCAGGAUCCUGUAAGAGAGUAGGAGUGUUUGUGGACGUGUCGGCCGGCACUCUGUCCUUCUACAGCGUCUCUGACACACACACACUCACACACUUACACACAUUCACACACACAUUCACUGAACCACUUUAUGCUGGAUUUAGACUUUAUAAUGUUAACUCUUCAGUGUCUCUGUGUCACAUUAAACACACACACACACACACAAACACAACUGACUGACACACACACACACACAACUGACUGACACACACACACACUGACU